AUGGCUGCCCCUGUAGACGACCUCAACAAGGCUUAUAUCCAAGCUCAAGCCAAACCGAGACCAAUAAAGCCCAAGCCGGGCCAGCAUCUCGACGUCUUUCCCGCCCGCCUUCCCCGCCGUUGCGAACCUCCUCUCAUUUGCUGCGUGGUGGAGAACCUGCGGCCGCCAAUGUACCUCCUCGGUUGGCACUUUACCCUGGAGGAAUUUGUGGCCCGCUUCGGCAAAGGCAACCCUGUGCAUGUGUUCAGGGACCGCAUCCAAGAACCCUUCUACGCGAAGCACAAGGGAAUGAAUGUGGCGGGGCACCAUCAGCAGCGCCUCUUUGGAUCCGUCAAUGCAUGGGCGCUCGGGGCGGUGUUCACUCCCAGCUCUGCGGCAUACCGCCUCCACGACGCCAACGCGUUCGUCGUCUUUCUUGACACCAACAGCGACGACGGUCUGCGCCCGAUGACACAGACCGACCCAGCGAGCGGCUACGACCGCGGGCUCUUGGCUAGCGCGCCGGUCGCCACCCGCGCUGCAAAGCAGGGCGGCUACGACGUUGACCUGCUAGACAAAGACCCCUAUACCGGCAGACCCUCGGCGUCCUCCAGCAGGCACACGCUCCCGCGCUCUCCUGUCCAGGCAGAACAGGGUCUUCCGCCGCAGGAAGACCCGCUCUAUGCCUUUGCCUCGCCGAACAACGCGCGAAGGAAAUCGUUCUGGCGGACGCGCAACGGGAUCAUCACUAUCUCCGUUGCGGUCGGCAUCUUCAUCCUCGGAGCGGUCCUCGGAGGUGCUAUAGGCGGAACAGCGAGGAGGAGGCACCAGCACUCAGACUACAACACGUCCCCGGGCGCCUCGGCGCCCGCGGGGUCCGACGGCUCCUCCACCGCCGCGUUACCCUCGUCGACGAUGUCGGCGCCCGAGAGUGGUGGCGAUUCCACCAGCAUGACCGCGCCUCAGGGUACCGGCGGUGUGUCGUUACCGGUCGGGACGAGUACUUCUGUCGCCGGAGGGAUCGCGACAGACCUCGUCUUCACCGCCAUGCCUGUACCUACGUCUGUCUCCGAUUCGGGCGUGCAAGCCUACGCGGCUGACUCGGGGUCAUGAGUUAUUAUGGACGAGAUACCCUGUGUUUAUGGCGUCUAUUACACGGUCAUUGCUCUAGCGACAUCGCGUUCGGUAAUCUUUACUGGAUUCUUACGGCUGUAUUUACGUUCAGGAGGGCGGAUGUCAUGGGAAGAAUGGGCCUUCCAGCGGCGGACAAGUUCGCACGACGAUUUUAUAUGUACUAGCCAUUCAACCCGAGACGGACUAACCAUUCACUAUCACGCG